AUGGCCAUGCAAGCACAGAAGAUGGGGUGCGCCUGGGGCAGGGUUUGCCUGCUGCUCUCCCUUCUCCUUCAGCUGCCGGGCUCCCAGGCCAAAUGCUACUUCCAGGCUAAAGCUCCCUGCGAGUACGAGGGGAAGCAGUUCUCCCUCGGGGAGUCGUGGCUGAGCACCAACUGCCUGCUCUGCACCUGCCUGCACCCCAUCGGCGUGGGCUGCUGCGAGACCACCCAGCACCCCAUCGACUUCCCUGACUGGUGUGAGGCCCACUACGACUCGCAGACCUGCCAGAUCUCGGUGGUAAACCCCAGCCUGCCCUGUGUGAAGAGCAUGGAGCACGAGUGGGGCUCGGCUGGCACCCCUGAACCACUGAGCAACAAGGUGCUGGGCAUGGGGCUGAGCAGAUAA